CAAACUCAAGCGCUGCCUUUGAUAUACGUGGAGCCGCCCGCUGUCUCCUGUGGGUCUGUUCUGCGAGUCUGCUUGUGUACAGUCAUCGUCAGUCCGAGAUAGCGGACAGUCAGGAAGCCAGCGGUAAUGAAAGUGAGCCGAAAACACCCGAGAUAACGUUAGCUCGCAAGAAACCGAUCCGACACCAUGUCCUUUACUAAGGGGAUUAUCACAAGCUGCCUUGUGUUGGCCAGUGUGAUGUUCUGUGCCAAUGCAGUUCCAAUAAGUAUAGACAAAACAAAGGUAAAGCCCCUAGAGGAAACCGUCAAGGAUCCACCCCAGAGUGUGGACACUGGACUGCACUAUGACCGUUAUCUCAGAGAAGUUAUCGAUUUCCUUGAGAAAGAUCAACAUUUUCGGGAAAAGCUCCACAACACAGACAUGGAGGAUAUAAAGCAAGGGAAGUUGGCUAAAGAGCUUGACUUUGUGAGCCACCAUGUGAGAACCAAGCUGGAUGAACUGAAGAGGCAAGAGGUCAGCCGUUUGAGAACCCUCAUCAAAGCCAAGCAGGACAUUGAAGGAGGAACUGAUUUUGCUGUAGAUCACCAGGCCUUACUCAAACAGUUUGAAUAUCUAAACCACAUGAACCCUCACACCUUUGAGGUCGAGGAUCUGGACAGGCUAAUCAAAUCGGCUACAAACGAUCUGGAGAACUUUGACAAGGAACGACAUGAAGAAUUCAAGCGGUACGAGAUGAUGAAAGAGCAUGAGAGACGGGAACACCUGAAGACGCUCGACGAGGAGGGCAGGAAGAAAGAAGAGGAACACUAUGAGGAGAUGAAGAAGAAGCACGCUGAUCACCCCAAAGUCAACCAUCCAGGAAGCAAGGAUCAACUGAAAGAAGUUUGGGAGGAGGCUGACGGCCUUGACCCUGAAGAUUUCGACCCCAAAACAUUCUUUAACCUGCAUGACACAAAUGGAGAUGGCUUCUUAGAUGAACAAGAGUUGGAAGCCCUUUUCACUAAAGAGCUUGAGAAGAUCUACGAUCCAACUAAUGAAGAAGACGACAUGCUGGAAAUGGAAGAGGAGAGGCUGAGAAUGAGAGAACAUGUCAUGAAUGAGGUCGACUCUAAUAAAGACAGACUGGUCUCCUUAGAUGAGUUCCUGGUUGCCACAAGAAAAAAGGAAUUUCUUGAACCAGACAGCUGGGAAACGCUAGAGCAGAACCAGGCAUAUACGGAGGAGGAAAUGAGAGAGUUUGAGGAGCAGUUGGUGAGACAAGAGCAAGAUUUGAACCAGAAAGCAGCUGACCUUCAGAAACAGAAAGAUGAGCUGGAGAGACAGCAGGAUCAGCUCAAUUCCCAGAAGAUUGAACUGCAGCAGGCUGUGGAACAUAUGGAACGAUUGAAAACACAGAACGAACCACCUGACAUGCAUGAAACAGUUGAAGGAAAUGCCUUUCCUGAGAUGAUAGGACAUAACCAGCCCCCUGAACACCAGCCUCUGCCUCCAGGACAUCAAGACGUCCCUCCAGAACAAAACAAUAUACCCCUGAAUCAACAGGAUCUAGGACAAGCACAUCCCAAUAUCCCUCAAAACAACCAGCCAAUGCCUCCAGGACACAACAACCUGCCCCAAGAUUCUCCACAGGUGCUCCUCGAUCAUAAUAAUGUGCCAUAAGACCGUCAUAUGGCUUUUAACAGCUGUGUGUGAAAGACCUGGCCUAACCUGACCAGGCUAACAGAGACUUCAACAAACAGUACCUCCGGCCCAGGACGAGUCAAUAAUUUCCUGCGCUCAUGUGUGUGGGAAAUGGCUGGCUUCAUAAACAUAAUGCAGUCGUAGUUAAUGCAGACUUUUCAAUUUGAUAUAAGUUAUAUAAAUUUGAUAUCUAUUUUAAGCAUUGUUUUUCCAGUUAUUGAGGAUGUUUUAUUUUCCAACAUGAUGGAAUUUGAUGUGUGUGUGUGUGUGUGUGUAAGCUUUUGUUUUGCACAUUUGUUUUUCAGUAGUUUAAAUGAUGUGAGGUGUCAGAAUAUUGUUGAACUGUUCUGGAAUUUUUUGGAUUCAUUUUUUUAAUUGAUUAGGGCUACUCUGAAAUGCAACAUAUGACCUAGGUUGGGAACGUGAGAAGCGACAUUUCAAUAAAACAUUUAUUUGAAAAAACUUGUUUUUGUGAACAAGGAGAGAAGUUUGCAUACUUUACAUUUUAGCAUAUUUGUAGCUGUUUUUAAAUAUAUGGCACAGUCUUCAGGAUGGAUCCUAUUGAUCUAACGGAGUAAAUAAAAUAACAUAUUUUUAAGAUCGUGCCUGAUUUUGCAUCAAGCAUUCAAAGUAUCUCAGAAAUAACAAAGGUUUUCUAUUUUAAAAUAAAGAAUAAACCCCUGUUCAA